GGCAGCCCCGCACCCUAUGGAUCGGCCGCUCCAUGGAGACCUCCAGAGCGCUUCUGGGCUGCCUGGCGAGCGCCGCUGCUGCCGCCCCGCCGGGGGAGGAUGGAGCGGGGGCUGGGGCCGAGGAGGAGGAGGAAGAGGAGGAGGAGGCGGUGGCGGCCCCCGGGGAGCUGGGCUCCGACGCGCCGCUGCCCUACUGGACGGCUGUGUUCGAGUACGAGGCGGCGGGCGAGGACGAGCUGACCCUGCGACUGGGCGACGUGGUGGAGGUGCUGUCCAAGGACUCGCAGGUGUCCGGCGACGAGGGCUGGUGGACCGGGCAGCUGAACCAGCGGGUGGGCAUCUUCCCCAGCAACUACGUGACCCCUCGCACCGCCUUCUCCAGCCGCUGCCAGCCCGGCGGCGAAGACCCCGGUUGCUACCCGCCCAUUCAGUUGUUAGAGAUUGAUUUUGCGGAGCUAACCCUGGAAGAGAUUAUUGGCAUCGGGGGCUUUGGGAAGGUCUAUCGUGCUUUCUGGAUAGGGGAUGAGGUCGCCGUGAAAGCAGCUCGCCAUGAUCCCGAUGAGGACAUCAGCCAGACCAUAGAGAAUGUUCGCCAGGAGGCCAAGCUCUUCGCCAUGCUGAAGCACCCCAACAUCAUUGCCCUCCGGGGGGUGUGUCUGAAGGAACCCAACCUCUGCUUGGUCAUGGAGUUUGCUCGUGGAGGGCCUUUGAAUAGAGUGUUAUCUGGAAAAAGGAUUCCCCCAGACAUCCUGGUGAACUGGGCCGUGCAGAUUGCCAGAGGGAUGAACUACUUACAUGAUGAGGCAAUUGUCCCCAUCAUCCACCGCGACCUUAAAUCCAGCAACAUAUUGAUCCUCCAGAAGGUGGAGAACGGAGACCUCAGCAACAAGAUUCUCAAGAUCACCGACUUUGGGCUGGCUCGGGAAUGGCACCGAACCACCAAGAUGAGCGCGGCAGGGACGUAUGCUUGGAUGGCACCCGAAGUCAUUCGUGCCUCCAUGUUUUCCAAAGGCAGCGACGUGUGGAGCUACGGGGUGCUGCUCUGGGAGCUGCUGACCGGUGAGGUGCCCUUCCGAGGAAUCGAUGGCUUAGCAGUCGCUUAUGGGGUGGCCAUGAACAAGCUUGCCCUUCCCAUUCCUUCCACGUGCCCGGAACCGUUUGCCAAACUCAUGGAAGAUUGCUGGAAUACCGACCCCCAUUCACGACCAUCUUUCACCAAUAUCCUGGACCAGCUGACUACCAUAGAGGAGUCUGGUUUCUUUGAAAUGCCCAAGGACUCCUUCCACUGCCUGCAGGAUGACUGGAAACAUGAGAUUCAGGAGAUGUUUGACCAACUCAGGGCCAAAGAAAAGGAGCUCCGCACCUGGGAGGAGGAGCUGACACGGGCCGCGCUCCAGCAGAAGAACCAGGAGGAGCUGCUGCGGCGCCGGGAGCAAGAGCUGGCCGAGCGGGAGAUCGACAUCCUGGAACGUGAGCUCAACAUCAUCAUCCACCAGCUGUGCCAGGAGAAGCCCCGGGUGAAGAAACGCAAGGGCAAGUUCAGGAAGAGCCGGCUGAAGCUCAAGGACGGAAACCGCAUCAGCCUCCCUUCCGACUUCCAGCACAAGUUCACGGUGCAGGCCUCCCCCACCAUGGAUAAAAGGAAGAGUCUCAGCAGCAGCCGCUCCAGCCCUCCGGCAAGCCCCACCAUCAUCCCGCGCCUCCGCGCCAUCCAGUGUGAGACUGCUUCCCACGUUAGCUGGGGCCAGCACACUCCAUGGGCGCCCGUCCCUGCUCAGUCCCGCCACCUGCUGGUCCAGGCUUGCUCCACCCACAACUUCCGCCACCUCUCUUCCACGAUGUGUCUAUAUGUGCACACGUUGACACCAGGUGAAAGCAGCAAAACCUGGGGCCGGAGCUCUGUCAUCCCGAAGGAGGAGGGGGAGGAGGAGGAGAAGAGGGCCCCGAAGAAGAAGGGACGGACGUGGGGGCCGAGUUCGCUCGGUCAGAAGGAGUUUGCCUCGGGAGACGAAGGAUCCCCUCAGAGACGCGAGAAAGCUAAUGGUUUAAGUACCCCAUCAGAAUCGCCACAUUUCCACUUGGGCCUCAAGUCCCUGGUAGAUGGAUACAAACAGUGGUCGUCCAGUGCCCCCAACCUGGGGAAGGGCCCUAGGAGUAGUCCAGCCCUACCAGGGUUUACCAGCCUUAUGGAGAUGGAGGACGAGGACAGUGAAGGCCCACGGAGUGGGGAGAGUCGUCUGCAGCAGUCACCCAACCAGUCCUACCUCUGUAUCCCAUUCCCUCGCGGGGAGGAUGGGGACGGCCCCUCCAGCGAUGGCGUCCACGAGGAGCCCACCCCAGUCAACUCAGCCACCAGUACCCCGCAGCUGACGCCAACCAACAGCCUCAAGCGGGGCAGCCCCCACCACCGCCGCUGCGAGGUGGCUCUGCUUGGCUGUGGGGCAGUCCUCGCAGCCACAGGCCUCGGCUUUGACCUGCUGGAAGCUGGCAAGUGUCAGCUGCUGCCGCCGGAGGAGCCAGAGCCUCCGGCCCGGGAGGAGAAGAAGAGGCGCGAGGGUCUAUUCCAGAGAGCCAGCCGUCCUCGUCGGAGCACCAGCCCCCCAUCCCGGAAGCUCUUCAAGAAGGAAGAGCCCAUGCUGUUGCUAGGAGACCCCUCUGCCUCCCUCACGCUGCUCUCUCUCUCCUCCAUCUCCGAGUGCAACUCGACCCGCUCCCUGCUGCGAUCCGACAGCGAUGAGAUUGUGGUGUACGAGAUGCCCGUCAGCCCGCUGGAGGCCCCGCCCCCGAGCCCCUGCACCCGCAACCCCCUGGUCAACGUGCGAGUGGAGCGCUUCAAGCGAGACCCUAACCAGUCCCUGACCCCCACCCACGUCACCCUCACGGCCCCCGCACAGCCCAGCGCUCACCGCCGGACUCCUUCCGAUGGGGCCCUCAAGCCCGCGGCCCCCUCAGCCAGCAGGAGCCCCUCCAGCAAUGGGCUGAGCCCCAGCCCUGGAGCAGGAAUGUUGAAAACCCCCAGCCCCAGCCGAGACCCAGGUGAAUUCCCCCGCCUCCCUGACCCCAACGUGGUCUUCCCUCCAACCCCAAGGCGCUGGAACACACAGCAGGACUCUACCUUGGAGAGACCCAAGACCCUGGAGUUUCUGCCUCGGCCACGCCCUUCUGCCAACCGGCAACGGCUGGACCCUUGGUGGUUUGUGUCCCCCAGCCACGCCCGUAGCGCCUCCCCGGCCAACAGCUCCAGCACGGAGACGCCCAGCAACCUGGACUCUUGCUUUGCCAGCAGCAGCAGCACCGUGGAGGAGCGACCUGGGCUGCCAGCCCUGCUCCCAUUCCAGGCGGGGCCGCUGCCCCCCACCGAGCGGACGCUCCUGGACCUGGAUGCAGAAGGCCAGAGCCAGGACAGCACCGUGCCGCUGUGCAGGGCAGAACUGAACACACACAGGCCGGCCCCUUAUGAGAUCCAGCAAGAAUUCUGGUCUUAGCAUGAAAAGGUUUGGGGGUGGGUGGAGUGGGGGAAACAGGAGGAGAAGGGGGGAGCUGGCUGGCACAGCCCUCCCUCAGAAUGGGACCCCUUGAGAUCCAGCCCUACUUCUUGCACUGAGAAUGCACUUUGAAGAUGGAAGGGGUGGAAGCAGGGCCCUUCUUCCCGUGUCCACCAGAGGGGCUGUGGCCGUCAGCUCUGGCUGUGUAGGGGAGGGAGGGGUGCGUGCAUGUCCCCCCACCCCUCCUCAGUCUUCCUUGCCUUCAGGGUGACCCUGCAGAGUCACUCAGCCGAAUCUGUCUGCUGCUCCCCCUCUGCCCCCCGGGGUCCCUCUGUUAGCCCUGAGUUCAGCCUUCCCAAACACCAGUGUUGGAUGCUCUGUGGUUGACUUUGCUCCUCUUCCACAUUCCUCCCUGACACUCACGACUCAGAAUCUCGUUGGUGUGAGAUGCGUGCUCCUCCACGUCCUGAGCCCUUUGGUGUCAGCUGGGGACUGAAGGCAAGCUGCCCAGUGUCGGGCACAGGAAUUGAUGGAGGUGGGACCACCUGCCUGCACUUCCAGGAGCCCCACUUAAUUAUUUGAGCCAAUGUUCAGUGGUCAGGGGUCGUGGACCUGUCUCCGUGAGAGCUGGGGGAAGGGAGGGAGUUAGGAAAUACAGUCGAGUUGCAGUAAAGAGGGUAACAGAGUCUGUCUGUACUCAUUCCUUUUGUAAACAUUCAAAUAAGGGCAGAAACCAGCACAUGUUGACAGCACCCUUCUCCUACCUGGGCCCCAGACAUAGUCAGACCAGGUUCUGAUUCAAACACACGCUCAUCCCAGGAAGAGUUCCUAGGGAGACUCACUGGUGCCAGUUCUGAAGCCCGAGAUAGUUCCUUUAUUUGUCCCUUUUGUCAUCUGAUCUGUGUGUGUUCUUCCUUUCCCUUGAGCUUUCCUUCCGUCCCUGGAAUGAGUGGACGCGGGGUUGUAUGUGUGGUUGGGAGACAUCUCUGUACUGCACCAGGACAGCAUGUGGGCGUGGGUCCUGGGCACUGGGAGCUGGGCCUGUGGUGAAUCCUCAUCCAGUCAUCCAUUCUGUGAUGCCUUUGAAGUAAAACGGAGCCAUCAGUAGAACCUUCCGUAAAUGGGCAUGGUGAGGUGAUGAUGUGUGUAAGAGGCCCAGUGAGCCCGACGUGCAGUGACCUUCAAGUCCCAAGCACUGGAGACCGGCCAAGGCCUCUUGUCUUCGUGCACGGACAGCCCCCUGUGCUGGGCUCUGGACCGUGAGCUGGGGUAGAAAGGACAACAGAGACCCACCCCAACUUUUCUGAAAUUUGUUACCUUAACUAGAAGGUUAAGCUUCUUCUGGAGCGUUCUCACGUGUGUCUUUGCUAUUCCUCUUACCUGGAGCCUCCUGUGUCGAGUGUGACCAGUUGUCUUCAUGUGGGAGUAACAACUUGCCUGGGAGUCGAGCCCCCCUCCCAAGCCGCUCGCCCUGUCGCUGCACUGUCCUUCAUCCUGGAAUAUUUCUCUGGAGGCGCUGGAGGCCCCCUUUCAGGUUCCUUGCGUUUGCUGCCUGGAUGCCAGGACAGGAGAGGGUUCAGGCCUGAGAUGACGUCAAGCUGCAGUUACUGUGAGGAGCACAGUCCCACAUCUCUCCCGUUGAACAGGUGGUUGUUAUCUUAGGUAAGGAAUUCAGAUUAGUAAAAAUCCACAUGGGAAGGGGAAACCCACUUCUACUGCCGGGGAGUCCUCAGUCCUGGGCUUUUCCCCGGCCCGGCCGCCUGGGUGCUCACCACCUUAGGCAUUGGCUUUGAAGGCAGGUGGUGGAAACUGGAGUCCUGGCUGAUUAAGGCAAUUAACGAGGCUGGGGGGGUCUACUUAGGCUGACCCAGCCCUGGGCUUCUGCUUGGCUGUGCAGACAACGUGAGCCUCUCACCCGCUUCUCAGACUGAGUAUUUUCCAUUUGUCCUGAUGUGCUAUUGACAGGCCCCACCCCCUGCUUCGUCCAUUUCUGGUCUUGGGCCUGGAAGCACCUGGCCUCCUUAGGCUGCUGGGUGAGCCCGCCUGAUCUGUUCUUCCGAAGGUUAGGCUGCUCCUUGGUCUGGAGCCAGUGAGACUGGUCCUUCCCGAUUCUUUCUGGCUGUGAUUCCCUGCAUCCCCUGCCUUUGGCCUUGUUUUGGGUCUUUUGUUCCUGACUGCAGCUAGAAAUAGAGAAGAGCCUCGGGGCCCAGAUGGUUUCCAGAGCCGAGAGCUUUUCCACACCUCUCUUUGUUUCUCUUGGAAACAGACUUGCCUUUCCCCUGACCCAGCCUCCCUCCUGAUGGGUCUGACCCACCCUCCCUACAAACACCCACAGCCCAGUCUUACUACACUGAUUGGCAGGCAUGGAUCUGAUAACUGGAUAAAUGUAUCAGGACAGCACGUGGAGUACAGUUCCUGAGGUUCAGAGACAAGCCUUUGCUGUUGGGAUGAGUGGGGUGGACAUCCAGGAAACCUGAACCCAGAGGUCAGACUGGUUUAACCACAGCGGUCCUGGCGGAUGCUGGCCCCUGUGGGUAUGGCAGUCUUGCCGUACACUUCCUGAAGUCCAAGACCAAGUUUCAGAAGAAGUAUGUUGCCCACGUUCCUAAAAUCCUUCACCCCUUUGCACCUGCUUUGACAGAUCCUGGCUUUAUUUAAAGUUUGGAUAUUGUAUUCAUCAUGGAUUUUUCAUUAAUUUAAAUUUUUAAAUAUAUUGUAUUGAAAUGUGAUUUAUCUUGAUAACUGAGUUUUUUGGAUGCCCCUCGCCCCUGCCUUGAAUUUUACAUGGAAGGUGAGUGCCUCACUCACUUUAUCCUCGCCUCAGCCCAGCCUGCCCCUCACCCUGAUCUGUGAGCAAGCGCAGGCAGAAUAGUGAGGUGGAUUUAGGGUUUUUUUUCUUGUUGCCCUUCCCCUAUGUCCUGAGUCAGGUGGUAGGUAGCUCUCUGAAAGUGUUUGCAUUUAAAUAGGAAUGUGUUUACCCGACAAUAGUGGGACACCUAGGACAGUUUUUGGCCUUGGACCUGUGACUGGAGUGACUUUUUCUUGGUGUCCUCUAGCUUUCUUUCUGCCUCUGAAACCCUGUAACCGCUUGGAGGGGUGUAUGUGCUGUAAGGGAAAGGGAAGUGAUUACAGUGGAGAGGAUGCUUUAGAGUCUCAUCUGAAACCUCCUUGGGACAUCUCUGAAUUUCCAGAGAAGCAAAUAAAUCAUUCUGCCUCCCAGUUUCAGGAAGGACUGAAGAGGACGGAAGCAUUCUGACUCCCCUGCAUGCCCAGGGCGGCUUCGCUAGCGCUGUGCCUGGCCCUCAGUGACCUUCAUAAUACCGGUCACAUCACCUCCAUCUGUACCCUUUGUAUCCUUUUCGCUAUCAUUAUGAUGCUCUGUCGUCUUUGUUUUACUUUCAUCUUUUCUCUUUACCUCCAGUCCCAGAAGCCUCACUGGCUAGGGUUCUUUUCUUCAUCACUCUCAGAAUGGGGUGUGAGUUUAUCCUGCCCUGGGAAUGGGGGCUGACAAUAAAUUAUAUGAAAGCGUUCCAUUUCUCCUAUGGGGGAGGUGCCAUCCUAGACAUUUACAUUCUUUUCUCAUCUUUUUUUAGACUCUCCGUCAUCCUAGGGGGUGGGGUGGAGGUGAGGGGUAUUACCUUCAUCUAAGGAUGUGGAAACAGGCUCAGAUGGUUACGUGACACGCCCAAGGUGAUGCAGCUAGGAGGUGGCGAUGCUGAUCUGCUUAGCUCCAGAGCUGCCUCUCGUUUUCCUCUGAGUGUAUUUUAGGCCACUGUUUAGAAGCUUUGGGAUAAAAUCAGCCUAGCUUUGGUCCACUGAGGCUUUGAAGUGGCUCUUUGUCCAAGGAUGAGUUGUCCUACGGCUAACCCAUCAUCUGCCUUUGUGACUGGAGGCUCCCAGCGGGACUGGCAGCUGCCCCAGGGCUCAGCCAGCUGCCUCUCUGCCUGGCUGCUUCCUGUGCCACCAUUUCCCCCAUGAUCGUUCAGGGACCUGUCCCACGUGAGAGCUGAACAUGUCAAUCCUGUAGCUCUUCCCAGGACCACCGAAGGCCUGUGGGUCUCUCCACUCUGUUUCCAGCCCACAGCUGCCCCAUUACUGCUCUUUGCCGCAGCUUCAACCCAUGUCCCUCCCAGUCUCAAGUUAGGAAGCCUUGACUGUAGCUUCUCUGUGGGAACUUGAAAUUGGGCUUUUGUCUUUUUAUUGUAUCGAGCUGUAUGCCCUUGGUAUCCAGUUGUAGCAAAGAAGGGAGGUGAUGAUCUUGUCAGCUUUCUCCUCUAAUCUUUCUCACUACCCACCCUAAACACACACACGCGCAUGCACACGCACACUCGUGCUUAUGCUCACAGACGCAUGCACACACACUCACACAGAUUUAGUCUGAGACUGUAUCAGUACCUUCUAGAAGGUUAAGGAAAGGAGCCGGAGGUGGGUUUUACUUAAUUCGCAGAAAAGAUUUCUUUGGGAUUUUCCUCCCCUUUAGAGUCUUUGAGUCUAGGUAAAGUGAAGUUCACACACAUGCUGGUUUUGUUCCUCAGUAAUUAGCCACGAGUUUCCCUCCCUAGGCCUUCCCUGCUCCCGUGUCUUGUCCACGUGUGCUGACCUCAUGUCCUUGAAUUCCCAUUUUGCUUUGGGAUUUAAGUUAUUGUAAUUUGUCAACAAUAUUUAAAAGUAGGAAAGUCCUGAAGGAAACUUACCAGGGUCUUUUCUUUGGCUUUUUUUUUUUUUCAAGGUACUGUAAAUUGUUCACUAGGGACGCCAAGCAGGCUUGGUUCAAUGGCUAAACCUCUUAUCGUAUUACAGUGUAAUGCUGAUCUCAGCCUGGUCUCACCACCAGAGCACACACAGACUUGAAUAAAACUGUUGCAACAAUGA